AUGGAAGGUUCCAGCGGAUUAUCUGUGUUAGUGCGCGUGAAGGUGGAGCCCGCCGAGCCAGAAGCGGAGCCCGAGCACCUGCCGCCCGGCGCGCCGCGAGCCGUACACAUCAAAAAAGAAGCACAGAAUGGACAUUAUUUAGACAGUCUGAAGGAGGCAGAGUGUGGCAGGCAAGAGAUGGAGUGUGUAUAUAAAAUCAAGGACGAUCCCUCAUGCUCCGGCAGUGAGUGUGGUGUGAGUGAGGCAGCCAUGCUAGCCGGGCUGGACAACCAUGGCGUGAAGGAUGAGGUUGCGCAGCCAGAGUUGGUUCCCUCACAGACAGCCUCAUGCUCCGGCAGUGAGUGUGGUGUGAGCGAGGCAGCCAUGCUGGCCGGCCUGUACACAGACCAUGAUGUCAAGGGUCAAGUUAGAUCUGUACUUCGAGAAUGCUGCUUGACGCUCGAACACCUCCCACACGUUGACACAACUCAUAAUGACACGGAAUCUGAUACAGACAACUUAUACGCUAGAGAGAAAGAACUGAUGUGUGAUCUUUGUGGUGAAAGCUUCAGCCUAAAGUCCGAUUUAUUGAAACAUGUCAUGGAUCAUAUCCACAGGCCUUCAAGCGCGGAGCAGGAAGGCAGAGGGUACAGUUAUGAAUUUGCUGUUCACUGGACGCAAGAGCAGGAGCGUGCCUUGUGCCGCAAAUACGCUAUUCGGGACUGCUGCGUGCGCCUCGAACACCUCCAACACCACGAGGCUCUCGCCGGCAACGACACCCAAUACAUAACUCAAACUGACACGGAAUCUGAUACAAAGGAAGUACACACUAGAGUUGACUAUGAGAAACCAACAUGUGAUCUUUGCGGAGAAAGUUUUGCACUGAUAGCCGAUUUAAAGAAACACAUCAUGAUUCAUAUCCAUAUGCCUACCACACACCAUACACAAGCGAGUCCUAAUAGGGAAUCAGAUACUGAAGAGAAAAACAUCGAUAUUGACUGUGAGAAUGAACCUACAUCUCGCACUAAACAAUUGUAUGAAAAUUCAGAAAUUCAUACUUAUGAGUGUGACAUUUGCGGUAAAAUAUUUAAGCGAAAAAAUAGCUUAAAGCAUCAUAUUAAAACGCACUCAACACAGUCAAACUCUGAGGACUUUAAAUGCAAUAACAUAGGAGAGAAAUCAUACUGUUGCGAAACAUGUGGAAAGCGUUUCCUAACUAGACAUAUGUUGCAUAGACAUUUAAUAAUUCACACGGACAUAAGACCAUUUGCGUGUGACGUAUGUGAAAAACGAUUUAGAAAUGCGACUCAUUUAAAAAUUCAUACACGGAUUCAUGGUGACAUAAGACCAUAUUUGUGUGACGUAUGUAAAAAACGAUUUAGAACUACGACUGAUUUAAAAACUCAUACACGGCUUCAUAGUGGCGAAAAACCAUACACAUGCAAGAUAUGUGGAAAGAGUUUCAUAUCUAAUAGUCGGCUGAAUGCACAUAUACGAAUUCACAGCGGCUUUAGAUCAUAUUUGUGUGACGUAUGUAAAAAACAAUUUAGAACUGCUACUUAUUUAAAAAUUCAUACAGAGAAUUACACCGACAUAAUAAGACCAUAUUGGUGUGACGUAUGCACAAAACAAUUUGUAACUCCGUGUCCUUUAAAAACUUAUACGCGGGUUCAUAGUGGCGAAAAACCAUACACAUGCAAAAUAUGCACCAAACGGUUCACGGAUCAGUUAAGCUGCAGGUGCCAAAGACAAAACGGAGACGUAAAACGCGGAGAAAGCAAAAGUCUUCUGAAGCUGUGA